UGAACGAUGGACAGACCAUGUCUCACGCCUACUGAAAUCUGGACCAUUGACCGGUGGACACGAGGCUAAAGAACGUGGGAGUGAUCGUCCGCGGAGAAAGCACCACCAACGAACUUCGAAUCCAACCUAUCGCAGGAGUCGAUCCCCAUGGCUGCAGAGCGAGGUGCGCCCAAACGGCGCUGUGUGAGUACUGCUUGCAUAGCUUGUCGGAGGAGGAAGUCAAAGUGUGAUGGCAAUCUGCCCAGCUGCGCAGCAUGUUCCUCUGUUUAUCAUACACCAUGUGUCUAUGAUCCAAACUCCGAUCAUCGACGUAAAGGAGUUUAUAAGAAAGAUGCCGAUACACUUCGAACUCGGCACACGACAUUGCAAACAUUAAUUCAAGCAUUAUUGAACUAUGAAGAAGACGAUGCUUUCGAUUUGGUUCGCCAGAUUCGUUCCUGCGACGAUCUGGAAGAUGUUGCCAAAUCUGUCAUUGCUCGAGAGAAAGGGCUUCUUGCCGCGGCCAAUGCUGAUGCCGCUAGAGAUUCAAACGAUGAUGAAUCAGCCGGGGUUGACCAGUUCGAGUCUGAGCUAUCAGGCAAAAUGAGCGAACUGGUACUCGAUGGCACUCGCAAAUUUAUUGGUGGGACGUCCAAUCUCAUUUUCCUUCCGCCGGGCUCGGAAAUACACGAGUCUCUAUCCACAACCGAUUCUCCUGCCCUCAAUGACUCGCAACCGAUUCGGCGAUGGACUCGGGUCACGGAAGAUGACUCGCUGAUCAGCCAUCUCCUAACCAUGUACUUCACGUGGCACUAUCCCUUCUUCACUCUUCUCGCCAAGGACUUAUUCUACCGGGAUUACAUCCGUGGCGUCUCGAGCGCAUACUGCUCACCAUUACUAGUCAACGCCAUGCUAGCACUUGGUUGUCAUUUCAGUUCAUUGAGAGGGGCAUUCGCCGACCCACUGAACCCAAACACGGCGGGAAAUCAUUUCUUCAAAGAAGCGAAACGCUUGGUUUUGGAGAAUGACGAGCACGAGAAUGCCAAGCUCUGCACUGUCCAAGCAUUUGCCCUCAUGUCUGUCCGCGAGGCUGGUUGUGGCCGAGAGGGCAAAGGCUGGGUGUACAGUGGUCUGAGCUUCCGCAUGGCCCUUGAUCUGGGAUUGAAUGUUGAUGCAAAGAACAUGGGUUCCCACAAUCUCAGUGAUGAAGAAAUGGAUGCACGACGAAUUACUUUCUGGGGUUGUCAUCUCGUCGACAAGUGUUGGUCUAAUUACCUGGGUCGUCAACCUCAACUCUCCUCAUCCAACACGAAUGUUUCCAAAUUUGAGGUGCUGCCCAGAGAAGAGACCGAACUGUGGUCUCCCUAUACGGAUGCUGGCGUAGGUCAUGAUCACACACAGCCGUCUAGGACAAGGGCAGUAGCGUUCCAGAUAUCAAAACUGUGUGAAAUAAGCAGUGACCUGCUGGUGUUCUUCUACCAUCCUGCCGAAUUGGAGAAGACUCACCAGAAGCAGUUGGAGCUGAAGAGAUUGAGUGAUGUCCAUACUCGUCUCGAGGCCUGGAAAAAGGAGCUUCCAAGGGAAUUUGACCCGAAAGAAGGGCAGUUGCCUCAGGUACUUGUCAUGCACAUGUUCAACCAACUUCUUCUCAUCCAUCUCUACCGACCCUUCUUGAAAUAUACCCGCAGCAACACCCCUCUCCCAUCCCACGUUUCACCACGCAAGAUUUGUACCCAGGCCGCUUCGGCCAUCUCGAAAUUGAUGAGAAUGUACAAACGAACAUAUGGACUGAAACAAAUCUGCAAUAUUGUCGUGUAUAUCGCACACACGGCCUGCACCAUUCACCUUCUCAAUCUUCCGGAGAAAAACGCCCAACGAGAUGUCAUCCACGGCCUCCGAAAUCUCGAAGAAAUGGCCGACGGCUGGCUUUGCGCUCGUCGUACAUUACGCAUCCUCGACAUCUCAGCCAGCAAGUGGCAGGUCGAGCUACCCCCCGAGGCAACCACUAUCUUCGAGCGAACCCAUGUGAAAUGGGGCUCAUGGGGAUCGUGGGACCAAGUCGCUUCCCCUUCUACAUCGGACGAUUCCCACAUGACCCACGGCAACUUCCAAUCCUCAGUGACCAGUCCAAGCCGAUACUCAACAUCCCCAUCCAACACUCAGCCUCCGCUCGCAACUUCAGCCGAGACCAUUACACCCACCGCUCCCAUCAACAUGGUAGCCCCAUCAAUGAACCCACCCGCCACUCUCCCUACCACCAUGCAAGCAAUGCCCGCCGCACGCGGUAUCCCAAGCGCCCUAGCCCAGCGUUCAGAGUUCCCACCCCCAGAACCAACAUACCUCCGACCUAUAUACCAGAUGUCUAACCUCGCCUCCGCCGGUCCAUCCACCGGCCCCCAAAACCAACCCGGCUGGUACGACGCAUCAGGACCACCGAUAGCGCCGCAGAAUGCCACGCCUCGGUCAAACUCUACCGUCUCCGGAUUCGAGACUACAGAGCACCUCGUCGAGGAGAGCCAGGAUUGGUGGUCGCGCAAUACGCUUGGUGUGGAUCAUUGGCCUGGACCGUGGAGUCCGGAAAUUUCGAAUCCCCCGCCUCCACUACAAUAUGAGGGUAAUCAUGCUUAUGCCAUGGCUAUGGCUCAGCAGCAACAGCAGUCGGGUUCUUCGCCCAUGUCGGGGCUUCAGCCACAGGCUACAGUGGGGGUACCUAAUAUCCGACCCGUAGCGGAGAAUAGCCCGUCUGGCUAUGACGAGCCAUGGAAAUGAUUCAUGAUCUGCUUAUCUUACUUUUGGAAAUAUUUUUCGGGUUUCUUGAUAUAUACUGGUUAAAGUUCUCGUGUGCCAUGUUGAAAUGUUUUCAUUCUGACUUACUUUGUGUUUUGUGUAUUAUUGUUGAUGAUUUUGUUUCUUCAUGAUACCAGAAAUUGGGAGGCUUUUUUUUUUCUGUGAAUUGGAUACAGCUCGGGGGUUGGUAUCAUUUUUGUCGCGUUGGCGAGGCUUAUAUGAGUUACGUUCCGAUAUAAUUACGUUUAUAAAAUUGAGAGACGAAGUAGAAGAA